AUGGCGCCUAAGCAAGAAGGGCGGCACAUAUCCACGCAACUCCGCCGUGAGGAGCGGGGAUUAUCAUGGAAAUCAGCGGCGACGAUAGACCGACAGCGGGGACGUAAGAAAGCCCGCAAACAGAAGAAGCGCCGCGCACAAAAUGAGCACGCUGGCAGGAGAACUGAGGAGGCUUGGCCGCCCCCAUCACCUCCACCAGGACCUCGUGCGAAGGCGAGACAUCGUGAAGAUGAAGAGCCGCCGUACGACUCGGAGGAGCCCUCGCCUUCAGGGCUGAGGGCUCCCUCCACUGCGGCUGCUUCCAGCAGCCGGGGCCCAGCACGGGAGGAGCCCUCGCCUUUAGGGCUGAGGGCUCCACCCCCUACUGCUGCUGCAUCCAGCAGCCAAGGCUUGCCUUUGCAACGACUUCCAGAAGCUGAAGAGCCACCGGUGGACCAGGACGACUCCAGCAACUGUCUUCAAUCUGACAGCAGUGAGACACCACAGCCUGCAGUCGCGCUGAAAGAUCGCCCAAGUGACUUUGGCCCUCUUCUUCAUGAGGAUGGCCUAAUCACUUUCUUAUGUGUGGCUGCGCCCCAGGUGAAGCAUCCGGUGAACCACUACCAGUGCCUUCCGGAAAGCCUUGAAGUUUACCAUGACUUUGUCACAGGUGGGCGAACAAAAGCUGCUCGAGCGAGACGGCUGGGUUUCGGAAAGUCCCGGACAGUUUACGUUGACCCUGGCUCCUCGGAACACGUUCUGAAGUUGGCGCCACCACAAGGCCACGGGCCAGAACCGGAAGUUUGGAGACUGCUCCCUUAUAUAGUGCCGUGCACUUUGGAUGCGGGUAUUCACCUGCUCACGCUUUUUUGGAAGAGCUGCUAUGAUAUCAUCCCCACGCAUGUUUUGAGGCAGUCUAGGCUCACUCCACUUUCGGUGUGGAGGCCAGCUCCGCCGGACCUUGAUAUGGUCCGCUACAUGAUGGCAUUGACUGCGGAGGCCUCCCGUUUCUACAAUCUCAAGGAUCUUGGCUUUUUCAACUUUGGUGUUGAUGCCCGUGGCUUCAUUAUGAUGUGGGACACCGCAGACUGGCUUCCAUGGGAGGGUCAAAGGGCACACUGGCCGAACAGACAGCGUGCCUCGGCUUUCUGGAGCGCGGUCAAGAGGAGUGUCCCAGACCACUUUCAGGAGCUACUCCAGCUUGUCAGCAACGCCUCGCCUGAGGAGGUGCUGCAACGGCUACGACCACUCCUUACGCAGCACUACAAGUGGUGCCUGCUACAGCAGGGAGUUUUCCUUGGUGACUAG